UUGUGUACAGAUUCUUUGGCAACGAGAAAAAUGGCGUGAAGUGGGAAGAAUUCAUCUUGCGAUUCAACUUCUCCUAUCCUAGGCUUGCGUCUCAAACUCGAUAAAUCCUGUCGUUGGAAUGUUUUGAUACCAUGCAUCUUCCUUUUAUUCUGCCUCAGUGCAUGACAUUAUCUUUCGAAGAUGUAAAAAAAGUUUGAACUGGACUUGUUCAGUUGUUGGACAUGUUGGUAAAACUUGGAAAGUCAUUGAGGAUGCGUUGGACAGAUUUGAACUUGUUGGAGCAGCACGCGUUGCAUUGGCAUGGCGUGAUUAUUGCACAUCAUGUUUGUCAACGAUAGGCAGAACUGAUGGUUGCUUCUGUGAUGAAUAAGCAGAUUAGUGAUGGCUAAUGCAAAGCGGACUGAACAUAGGCUGCCACAGCCGAACAGCAAUUUGACUGGUCCACUGAAGGGACAUGUUUCACUUAAAAGUGGCCCAUUUGCAACAACAUGCACCAGACUCAGCAAUCAAGGGCUUGUCCAGGACCAGUUGAAUUCCCAUUACAAGAAAUUGAACAAGGCUAAAUCCUGCAUUGAUGCAUCUCCACCCAAGUCCAUGACUCUGAGUGUUAAAAAACGUGACCAGAUGCGGCGGGAUGCAAUGAUGAAAUCCCUGAAGAGUGCCUCCCCAGCCUCCUCAAGACCGAGCUCGAGGGCAACACCACGGCCAGGGUCAGCUCGGCAAGGCUCCCCCACCAGACAGGUCUUGGACCAGAGCUUCACAUCAGCAGAACUGAAUCAGUUAGCAACUGGUGGCCACUUAUCCCCAAGUCCUUAUGGUCAGCGUGCUGGUACAGCUCUGUCAUACCGCUCACAGCCAGACGGCCAAAGGACCCAAUCCAGACUCAGCGAGACCAACAAGUCACUGAGAUUCAGGGAGACCAGCAGCCCACGGAUGACAGAGAGCACACGGCUACGACCUGACAGACUCAAACAGACCAGGCCGGCCUCGGGGGAUAUAUUAGACAAAAUGUCGGACAACAUGCUCUCGAGGCCCGAAAAGCUGCACACCCCAAGAACUCUCAGAACUACGGCACAAUCCAGACUCGCCCAGUCAAAGAACUACAACAAACCAAAGAGACCGAGCAAAGAGACCUUGAGGCAGAAUGGAGUUGCCCAAGACAUUGAAUAUGAGCAGACUAUUCGAGAUUACGAAAACGGCCUCUUGGAGGAGGAGGGGGAGGAAGAUUUUGAAGACUUGCCGAAACGCAACCCCGAUCAUGUCAGAUGGGUGGAGGACCAAGCCAAGAGGGUGGAGGCACUACGGUUAGGAGGUCUGUCCAGGGAGGAUGGAGAUGUGGAGAUAGAGGAGGGGCAGGACCUUAAUUUAUCUCGGUCAUAUCAACGACCAUUUUAUAGCACUGGCAAUCUGUCCGACCGACCUCCUUCCAGGAUAUCAAAAAGGAUGAAGGAUGAGGAAGAGGAACUCCGUUACCUAGAGUUUGUAACGGACGUAACUAAUGACGUCCUGAAUCGGGGCAUCUUCACCAAUAAGGUCUUGAAGCAGGUGUUUGACUCGCACAUCCUUCGCAACAAGGACAGGCUGGAUGAGGGUCGCAUGCGGCAUCUUAUGGCACAACUCCAGGAGGAUCUGUUCAUCCCCAACAGCGAGGAGGAAGAUGAUGAGCAAGGUGAAACAAGGGAGGACUCUGCCAGUUGACAUCAUCUGGACUAGACGAGGUGUAGUCACGGCAAUGCACCAUUCCGGAAUUCCUUUAUCACGCUUUCUUUGCUAUUUUUGUUGAGGCUUUUCUUUUUGUUUCUUCACUGCCACAUCGCCAUUAAACUCACAGGCUGCAUUACAGUAACUUUGAAUGAGGAAGUUGUUUGAAUUUCACAGAAACCUCAGGUCAAAAGGUCAUAUGCCAUGACCAAGGUCAAGCCAAAGACUGGAAACCGUUUGAUUGUAGGCUGUACAAAAUCAGCACUAAGGUCUCAUGUCCAUAGUGCCUUAAUUUGUAGAUCAGGUACAUAUUUGUUGGAGAAACAAUGGACUUGAGACUCGCAUUUGAGUACUGCUUUGUCAACUAAUCAGAAUUUCACUUUUGACAAUCAUUCAUUAAAAGAAAUAACUUUUGUUUCUCAGUUUUAGGUUGCUUUUGCAUUUUCAGUAGCUGACAUAAGAGCAUUGUUUAUUUAUAGCACAGUUUAUCUUUGCUUUGAAAUUUAGAGGAGAUUGGAAAACCCCCACCGAAGUCCAUUGCGCAGGAAAAGUCUUAGAAACUAGGACGAUUGCAAGAAUGUGGAUUGCAGAAAAUCUGUAGAGUUUUCUUUUAAUCCUUGGGUUAUCACUUCACAGAGGAAAAACCACUCCAGAUUUGUUGCAAAAUGCCUUGAAGGUAAAUAAUUAUUUCAAAAGAAAGAAAAACCAAAUAAAGAGAGAUGUGAUCUUGCAUUCGUGCAAGCAUAAUUUUGGAGACUUUUCUUGUUCAUUGUAUAAAAGACCUGACAAAAUUUUAGAACUGCUUUCAAGAGUUUAGUCUCGACUAUCGAUGCACAGUGAAAAACCAUUCCAUGCACAUUAGCUAACACCAUUUACUCGCACCACAAAAAAACCUGCAGAAAUUAUUUUGAUUUAACAAGAGGCAAAUUGUAAACAGUUCAGUUUGUAACUCUAAUAUACUUUUGAAGAGUUCACUAAAUGGGUAGCAGGAGUGGGUGGUAGUAAAAGUUUUUUUGGUGGUGAGUGAAAUCAACAUUGUGUUCACUUCAGACUUACAAGUUGUUGCGUUAAUCCUUUUUUAAUGAUUGGUGUGUGAAUUUUCAAGAUGUACUUUGCGUCGACUGGUCGAGGACAUGUUAAUUUUAAUAUCAGGUUUUGCCUGUGACUUAUUGCAAAAGAAAAUGGUAUUCAUUGUUUUGGUUACGUUACAGCUUUGUAAAAUUGAGCGAUCGUAAUGCAAUAAUUGUGUGUGUCAUGGGUAGGCUCAAGAAUAAGUAACGCUUGGAAACUCAUUCUCGAGAUACUGAAAUCAUUAUUUUUGUGAAAAGAUAAAUCUUAUUUCCCUCGAGGUUAUUUGAAAGAAGUAAAGAGUCAAUCAAAAUCACUGUUUCGUAAAAUUGAAAUCAUUACUUGACCAUUUCUGCCUCUCGUGUUUAGUUUCUUUCCAGUACAAAAACCAUUAGUUUUCUGAGGUGGUCAUAAAUAUAGGCAUGAAAAUGGUUGGAAUGAAGAGCCAGGGAGAUAGUAACAAACUAAUGGGAUUAUAACACAAACUUGUAUACGGUAAUUCGGCAAUAAGAUAAUAAAAUAAGUGCCUAAUCAUCGA